AUGGCUUCCUCUAUUCGAAAAUUCUCCACCCUCUUUCUGUUCAUCUGCCUUGCCUUCCUCCUUAUUUCAACAUGGGAGGUGCAACUUGCAGAAGCACAAGGUUGUAAAAGGAAGAGCAAAACAUUUAGAGGGCCUUGUUUACACACUAACGACUGUAAUAAUGAGUGCAUCACUGAGGAACAUGCACAUUUUGGAGAUUGUGACUUUCACUCGGGUUUUUCUUGUUUCUGUCACUUCUGUUGA